AUGAUUAACAAACUGAUGUACCGCUCCGUCAGGUUCGCCAGCCAUAACAGCCAGCCCUUGCUACCUCCCUUGGUUCUAUACAGAAGAAUACUAAGGCAGCACAAGCUGCUACCCACCGUCCAGAAAGAAAUGGGCGACCAGUACGUGCGGAACGAAUUCAAACUACACAAAGAUAUCGACAACCCAUUGCACGUGGUCGGGUUCCUGGCUUCGUGGCAAGACUACCUACACAUGAUUUCCAACAAUAAGUGGAAAGAUGCGACUUUAUCUUCGGAGACUCUGGAGAAACUGUCCCCUGAGCAGACUGUUCAGCUAUAUGAACUGAUGAAGGAAACGCAGAAGAUUAACCACGACACUGAAACGACGCCAACCAAGAAUAUAAAACCAACUAAGGACUAG